AUGGGACACUACGAGGUAACACAAGAGCUCCACCGGCGGGUCGGUGAAGUUGUAGCUGGCCUCUGUACAACAGCACGUGCCGCGCUGACCCCUCAAACCGGCCCUACAUACGCGUUUGGGACCGGUUUGAGGGUUUUCGCGCGCUCCCGCUCCCACGACCCCGCCCUGCGGGUGUACCGCGACAUGGUCGCCUCCGGCAUCAUGCCCGAUGAGUUCGUCGUUGCGGCCGCGCUGAGCUCGUGCGCUGGCGCCACCGUGCUCGAGCUGGGCGUUUCGGUGCACGCCACCGCGGUCCGGCUCGCGCUCGACCCUUUCCUCUCGGUCGGGAACUCGCUGGUGUCCAUGUACGCCAAGACCGGCUCGCUGGGCGAGGCCAAAAAGGUGUUCGACGCGAUGCGUGUCCGGCGUGACCCCAUCACGUGGACAGCCCUGAUCGUCGGGUACGCUCAGAACGGCCGGGGCAAGGAGUCGCUGGAGGUCUACGCCGACAUGGUCCGGUCGGGAUGCAGGCCGGACUACGUCACCUUCAUCGGGCUGCUAUUCGCGUGCAGCCAUGCCGGCCUUGUCGACGCCGGGCGGGCGCACUUCCGGUCCAUGCAGGCCGAGCACGGCGUCGCGCCCGGGCCAGACCACUACGCUUGCAUGGUCGACCUGCUCGGCCGAGCCGGGCGGCUCGACGAGGCCAUGGACCUGCUGAGCCAGAGCACAACAAGGCUGGACGCCACUGUCUGGAAGGCGCUGCUCGGCGCGUGCCGGACGCACGGGAACGCGGAGCUCGGUGAGUACGCGGCCGAGAUGGUGUGGAGGCUGGACCCGACGGACGCCGUUCCGUACGUCAUGCUGUCGAACCUGUACUCGCUGGCGAGGCGGUGGGCCGACGUGGCGAGGAUCCGGAUGCUGAUGAAGUCCAGAGGGAUCACCAAGGAGCCCGGGUGCAGCUGGGUGGGAGUGAACGGUGUGACGCACCUGUUCUACGUGGAGGACCGGGGGCACCCCCAGACGGAAGAGAUUUACCGGAAGGUGGAGGAGAUGAUGGACAGGAUCCGAGCUGAAGGAUACGUCGCGGAUACUGACUGGGCGCUGCAGGAUGAGGGGCCGGAGGGGAGGGAGAAGGGUCUGGCCUACCACAGCGAGAGGCUCGCCGUUGCAUUUGGGCUACUUGCCGUGCCGGCCGGCGCGCCGAUCCGUGUGUUCAAGAACCUCCGGGUGUGCGGCGACUGCCAUGCCGCAAUCAAAAUGAUUGCCAAGGCGUACGGCAGGGAGAUCAUACUGAGGGAUGGCAACUGCUUCCAUCACAUGAGGGAUGGUGCAUGUUCUUGUGGCGACUACUGGUAGCGGUGGAUUCAGCCUGGCAGGUAUGAUUUCUUUUCAUUUUUGGUAGAUUCAGCGUAGGCAUGUCGCAUGUGUAUAAGAGAGCGAAUAGGUACUUCAGUUGGGGGUGAGAACAUGAUAAGAGACAUCUUUUCCUGACAAUUGCUUGCACCAAAGAUGCCGCUGAUGUACAAUGCGUGCUACUUUGGUAUUGCAAUGGCCCUUUUGUCUAUG